AUGGAGCUAAUUCCCUUGAAUUGUUCGAAAGAAACAUCAACGAUGGCGGCCGACGACAAAACAACGUACACCUUACCUAGCCUAUCUUUGACGGCUUUCAACGCGUGUAUCCAGAUGUACCGGAAAAAGUACUACGAGAAAGAAGUUCCAAUCGUUGACAUCCAGGUUUGUUGCGAGGCUCUUUUCGAUAUCAUGAAAUUGAACUCGGAAGACGGUAGGUUCAACUUGCUGGGUGAUAGACAGUCCAUGUUCGGAAAAGUGCAGGACAAGAUUAUCAUGGAAAAUAUAUGUGAGGAGGCGGCAUCUAAUGGUCACAUCGAAUGCAUGAAAUUCGCUCGUGCGAUUGGCGUUCCCUGGUUCGAUACUAACGUAACGGGUGAAUCAGCAUGCGAUCGAGCCAUAACCUCGGGCAACUUGGACUGCCUGAUUUAUGCCAUUGACAAUGGAUGUCCGGCAAAUGAGGAAACGUGCGGCUGGGCAGCGUGGGUGGGCCAGUUAGAAUGUCUGAAGUAUCUACACAACAACAGAAUCCCAUGGCACCCAAGAACGUGUACUUUUGCUGCAAAUCGUGGGCAUAUGAACUGUUUAAAAUAUGCUUAUGAAAACGGCUGCAGUUUUGAUAGGCUCGCAUAUACUUUUGCUGUUCUUGGUAAACAUUCUGACUGUAUACAGUAUGUAUAUAAUAGAACUACCCAUAGGGGUUUUUUGUAA